AUGCGCUACUCCUUAUCAACCAAGCUACUGCUCCUGCUGGGCUCUUCGCAGCUGGUUCUCGGCUCCCUCAGCGACCAGGUCGUGAUCGCGCCUUCAGUAAAGGAUGGUGGCGUCGUUCCAGGAACCGUGUGGGCUGUCGACAGCUCCGUUCGUACGGCACUCGAAAAGCACUCCGAUCCCGUCGAUGCCUUGGUCUCUCUGCAGCCGGAGAUGGCGGCCAAGAUGUCCGAGGCUCGCCUGAUCCACGUUUUUGGCGAGAAGAAGGCUGAAUGGAUGACCGAAGGAGAUAAGCUCCGCCUGCGGAGGAAGGGCAAGAAGUUCCGCGACAUCACAGACUUCCAGGAGCUCUACACUGAUUCCGUCGACGCAAAGUCCGGGAAAGCCAACCUCCCCAAGAUAACUCACCAAAGGCUCAUCAAGCCCCUCUUCCCCAAAGUCAACCAGGCCGAGAUGCACGAUGUACUCCAGCACAUGACGAGCUACUACAACCGCUACUACGGCGGCCCGACAGGCGAAGAGAGCUCCGUCUGGCUGCACGACCACAUUGCCGGCAUCAUCGCGGCUUCCCCGCUGCACGCACACAUCUCGCUCGAGUACUUCACCCACGAGUUCCCGCAGUCUUCCAUCAUCGCCCGGUUCGAGCCAAAGGUCCGCGACUUCUCCAAGCCGUUGACCAUCAUCGGCGCACACCAGGAUUCGGCCAACUACCUGUUCCCGUUGCUACCCGCACCGGGCGCCGAUGACGACUGCUCCGGCACCGUGAGCAUCCUUGAGGCAUUCCGUGUGCUGGCGAUGAGUGGGUAUAUCCCUCAGGAGGGUCCUGUCGAGUUCCAUUGGUACGCGGCCGAAGAGGGCGGGCUGCUUGGUAGCCAGGCCGUAGCAGCGUACAAGAAGAAGGAGGGCGCGAACAUUGGUGCCAUGAUGGAGUUUGACAUGACUGCCUUCAUCGCGAGGAAUGCCACGGAGUCCAUUGGGUUCAUCAAGACGGAUGCGGACGCGCCCUUGACCAAGUGGGCGGUAGACCUGAGCGAGGAGUACAUCAACAUCACGACGAGCGUCUACGAGCUGAUGCCGGGCGCCGGGUCCGACUACAUGUCGUAUACGAAGCUCGGGUUCCCUGCAACGUUCGCUUCAGAGGGCAACCCUGUGGCUGGCGGGUUCCCCGGCGAGUUUGAUCCGUAUGUGCACACGGACAAGGACACAAUGUGGGUCGAUGACGAGACCGGCGUUUUCUCCAUUGGCCACAUGGCGAGGUUCUCUGAGCUGGCUAUUGCUUUUGCUAUCGAGCAGUCUGGCUGGGAUAACAAGUGGAGGUAA